CGGAACUGUGAUAAUGGAAAUGUAUUCGAGGAAACGAUGUAUCAAGAACUCGUUCGUUGUUAUUUACCGCGUGCAGACAUUAGAGAAAUGUUGACUUAGGAAUCCAUCCAUUAAUGGAAUGCAAAACGAUACUCCAACUACUGCUGAAUUGUGUCAAAGACCAGCACGUAAAGCUUUCAUUGGAUAAAAGAUGGCAGACACAUUCUGCGAGGAGAACGCUUCUGCAGCCGACGUUGACACAGAUCCAGAUUUCGAGCCCCAGAAAAGGCCAAGGUCCUGCACCUGGCCUCUACCGCGACCAGAAUCCAGUGCUGGAAAACCUGAACCGACAGAGGCGGAUAUUAUUCCCGAAGAAGAGGCGGAGGAGAAGGCCACUGACCGCCGUGUGGCCAGCGCCACCACAGCCACAUCGAAAGCAGUCAGCUCCACAAAGCUUGAGCAGAAUCACAGUGGUGCUCCUCCUGUAGUAGGACUAAACGCUGUUUCAAAUGGCAAAGACAGUCGUGGUUCUCCCAUUACUUCGCAGCCACUGGUCGCUGCAGGCAGUGACUUGAGCACAAACAAUGUUGUACCCCAGCAACCCAGAAAAUCGUCUGCUCGCAGAAAUGCUUGGGGCAACUACUCUUAUGCAGACCUCAUCACUCAAGCCAUCGAGAGCUCGCCUGAGAAAAGGUUGACAUUGGCCCAGAUUUAUGACUGGAUGGUCAGAUCUGUGCCAUACUUCAAGGACAAAGGUGACAGCAACAGCUCUGCAGGGUGGAAGAACUCCAUCCGGCACAAUCUGUCCCUCCACAGCCGGUUUGUCAGGGUCCAGAAUGAAGGCACAGGGAAGAGCUCAUGGUGGAUGGUCAACCCAGAUGGCGGUAAGGGUGGGAAGGUCCCGCGUAGGCGUGCUGUUUCCAUGGAUAACAGCAACAAGCUCCUCAAGAAUGCUCGUGGCCGUGCAGCCAAGAAGAAGGCUGCUCUCCAGGUGGCUCAGGAUGGGAACUCAGAGAGUUCCUCAAGCCUGUCCAAGUGGACAGGGAGUCCCACCUCCCGCAGCAGCGACGAGCUUGAUGCCUGGACUGACUUUCGUUCUCGCACCAACUCCAAUGCCAGCACACUGAGCGGGCGCCUGUCCCCUAUCCUGGCCAACCUUGAGGUGGAUGAGAUUCCUGAUGAUGACGCACCCCUUUCUCCCAUGCUCUACUCCAAUCCCAGCAGCAUGUCACCUUCCACGGGUGUGACGGAGCUGCCUCGUCUUGCCGACCUUGCAGGUACUAUGAACCUUAAUGAUGGCCUCUCUGACAACAUGAUGGAUGACCUGCUUGACAACAUCAGCUUGACGGCGUCGCAGUCUCCAGGCCAGGAUGAGGGUAGUGCCAGCCUUCAAGGGAGCCCCGUGUUUACCUUUAGCUGCUCCAGCAGCAGUCUUGGGGUUCCAUCAGGCAGCUACAGCCCCGGCUCCAUGUUCAGCCCAUCAUCCGUCACAGGCCUGCGCCAGUUACCCAUGCAGACCAUCCAGGAGAAUAAGCCGGCCAUGUUCACUUGCGGCUCCCACUUCGGCAAGUCAAGCCUCCAGGAUCUGCUAGGCUCAGAGCCACACAGCCACAGCGAUGUGCUACUCACCCAGUCUGACCCGCUGAUGUCUCAGGCCAGUGCCUCCAUCUCUCAGAGCUCCCGCCGCGGUGCCCUCCAAGCUGGACCUGGAGGCCAGGUUGGACUCAAGAAGGUUUCGCUGGCAGGAUGGAGAACAAACGGGGUCUUGGGGUCAGGAGGUGACUCAGACUAUCAAAGCUUAGUCAAACAGCGUCUCCAGCAGUCUCCCUCCACAUCUAUGCAGCUCAGCUGUUCGGAUUCCUUGCUGUCAGGUCUCAAUAGCAUUGUUCCCUGUGUUCAGUCAGUGAAUCAGGACAGACUCAGUUUCCCUACCGAUCUAGAUCUUGAAGCUUUCAGCAGUAGCCUUGAUUGUGACAUGGACACCAUCAUCCGGAAUGACUUGAUGGAUGCUGAUGACUUAGAGUUCACCUUUGAUUCUCAUCUCAUCUCCAGUCAGAACCUAAACCUGAAUUCAGGGAGUCUCUCAAGUACCAAACAAACCUCAUCCCAAAGCUGGGUACCAGGCUGAUUGCCUCAGUAGCUGGUAUGCAGUGGCAGGGCAGAACAAAGCUUUAAACACUGUCCUGUGCAAGGGAAGUGUAUGGGAAUGCUGUAGAAAUGCUGUUUGAAAACUGGAAUAAUUUUAAAUCAAUUCAAUAACUCAUGCACUUGGUGUUGUCCUGGUUUAGUAGCCAUAUAUUGUGAUUCGUCAUGGUCCAGGCCUGUGUGUGAUGGACAACUUGAUGGAAUUUUAUGAAACUUAGAAGUGCUUGCUGUUUGACUUCAGUGUCAAGGACAAGGUUUAAGGAGACACAAAUAAGGAAGGACUUUACCACAACUGGAAAUAUGUUUUCUCUUGAAUAAAGACCUUAAUACCCUCUUCUUCCCUUAGUCUACUCAGAAAUGAACUCAGCCUAGGUAAAUCUCACUGCUGAGUUUAGAUUACCGUUUAACCAUAGAUUAGGAAGAGAUGUUCACAUUUUUUGUCUUCACAUUAAUAGAGACAGGUGUCUUCUGCCAAACUGGACAUCAGUUAGUGAUCUCCUGUUUUACAACCCAAACUCUAGAGAAUGUUUUUUGUUCCCUUCAGAAUUAACAGGGUGAUAUUUUUUGGUCUGUUCUGCAGAACCAGAAAAGGUGACAAAUGAAUACCGUUGUGAUGUCCCUUACUCCUUUCACAGAGCAGUGAAAUUUGACCAGUUGUUGAACUAUUUCAUGUGAUGUAUUAUGUUUUUUUUUCCCUCUACUGCACUGCAUUGAUGUACUUUUUAAUGCAGCGUUUUAUUCAGCUCAAAGUACUUGAGUCUGUCCAUUUCAUCACUUCCAUCCUGAGCUUAUCUAAAAGACUUGACCAUCUUAAAGUAGUUUUUGUGAUGUCUGUUGAAAUGUUUUAGCAUAUUUAUUACACAAGUAAGAAAUUAUACAGGUGAGAUCUCAGAGCUCAAAGACUACUACACGACUGCGAAUAGUUGGAAGAAACACCAUUUAUAAGCUUGCAAGGCUGCAUUGGCACCCUUUUAGCCGUUCCUUUGUAUAUAUUUGCACACUGGGUGGUGCUUUAAAAAGUGCAUCGUCUCUGUUCUAAAGGCAAUAUGCAACAAGGAUCUUCACGUGACCCAUUUUAGUAUAAUAGUCACAAUCGAUAUGUUAAGAAAUUUAAGCACGCUUACACAGACUGUAUUUUAACUAGUUUGUUACACAUGCAAAGUGAUCAAAUUAGCAGUUCACCAACAGUGAGGCUAGUGUUUUUGCAUGUUCAGUGGUAGUGCCAUUCAGGAAACCCUGUCACAUGUUGAUGCAGUUGCAUUGUGAUGGUUGAAUGCAUCUUUGUCUGAUUCCAUUUUCAGACUCACAACUCCACCAACACAUCAAGCACUGUUACACAAGCUUACAUUGAGUUACAGUGGUGUUCUUGUUUACAUUCCGUUGUGCUAUUAAAACCAUACAAAGUAUUUGUCAUUUCCUCUGAUAUUUAUUUCACAUUAAUUAUAACCUGUUGAAAAUGUAGCCUGAUUUCAUUUUACUUUACGCAUCAAGAGGAUCUUCAGAUGAAUGUAAAUGAACAUUUUAAUGCGUCACAUACCCUGUUUGCCAUGACUGGCUGUAUUUAACAUAUUUACUAAUAGAUACACUGAUUGUUGGCUGAAAUACCCCUCUAUUGCCAUUUUGAGUAACUUGGGUAGUACAAGAUAUGGUGCAUGUAAAUAAAGCUUUGUACAGCAC